UUCACGCAAUAAUUCCUUUGAACUAGCUCCUACCACAACGACACAUCUCUCUGUGUUUGUAAACAGAGAAAAAUUAUUUAAGUUAUUUUUUCUUUAAAUUCGUAUAGUUUAAGGCUUUCCGCGGAAACCGAAAGGGAAGCCACUGGGGAAAAUGAGCCGCCCAAUGUGCUACAUUUGCCAAGAAUCCAACCAAAAGCUUCUGUACAAUGAAGAAGUGUACAAAGCAAAAGCCCCCAAAUCAAAGAAAACAAUUCUCGAUGUAAUAAAACACAUUUCAAGGGUCAUAAAAGUAACAUUCGAUGUCCCAGCAAAGGCGCGGAUUUGCAUUUCAUGCUAUAAAGAACUAGUUCGCUAUGACUGCUGCGUUGUGGAAUUGCUACAAGUGCAGAAAAUUAUUACGGAAAAAAUUAAUAAUAGAGCUAAAGUUGUCAAGGCGUCAUACGCCUCGACAUUAAAACCUGUUAAGCAACAAGCGCCGAAUAAUGUCACUGAAAACGAGGACCACAUCAUUAAGGAUGAUGAUGGUAGUGAUUUCGAUGUAGAAGAACCGAAGGAAGAAAAUACUUUUGAUAGCGACGAAAUUAUUGACGAAUCCGAUUUUGUCGAAGACGAAUUUGAAGAUUCAGGAGCAGAUGGAUCAAUUUCGAGUGGCGAUUUUGCAUGCCCUGUGUGUAACAUGAAGUUUUUGAAUCAGAAAGAAGUUGAUUCGCACUUGGAUACUGAGCAUAAAUCCAGAGUGACCUGCAGCGAGUGUGGCGUACAGGUUAGGAGCGAAGAAUAUUUGGUACUCCACAUGAACAUACAUAAUGGAAAGACAGAAACUGAGUGUAGUUUUUGCGACAAGAAAUAUGCCCGUCGUGCGAACGUUAUUCGACAUAUGGAAAUACAUUUCGACCAAAAGAAACAUCAAUGCGAACGCUGUGGAAUGUUUUUCUCACAAUCUACAGUAUUUUUUAACCAUCGCCUGCAACAUGAAGCCGAGGACAACCCACUUAUUUGUCCUGUAUGUAGCCAAAGUUUCAAAACAAAACGCACCUACAAACGGCAUAUGAUUACUCAUCAGGAUGAUAGACCACGCUACGGAUGUGAGGUCUGCGGCAAAGUAUUUGUUGACAAAUAUACACUUAAGAUGCACAUGCAGACUCAUCACCAAGGGGACGAGAAUGAAACUCCAAAGAAGAAAAAGAAGCAAAAUGAAGAACAAGAGCAGGUUUUGUUCACAUGCGUUAUAUGUCAUGAUAUAUUCCUAAUGCGAGAUUUAUUCAAUGAACACAUGCAAAAUGAGCACGACGUAGUAAUGGAUACAUAAAUCUUUAUUUUAUUCUUUAAAAAAUAUGUAACUAGGUUUAGUAAGAAAAAUAAAAUAUUGUUUCAGCGUUCGAAUCUGCUGCCAACAAAGCAA